CAAUUGGAGACCGUGUUGCAAAAAGUCGAUGAUGGAAUUCUAAUAGCAGUUCAUGCCGAAGAAGCUCUUGACAUUCCAAUUAAAGCCAAUGAAGAGGAACCUAAAUGUUAUGAGUCAUUUCUCAGGACAAGACCCGCAGAAAUGGAAAUUAAGGCUGUGAGGACAAUUGCGGAAUUGGCAGUGAAACACAAGAAGAAACAUUUUCACCUCCUGAAUCUAAGUGCCAACGAAGUCCUGCCCAUCAUUCGGGAUUGCAAGGCCAAGGGUGCCAAGCUGACUGCCGAAACUUGUCCCCAUUAUCUCAGUUUAGCAGCUGAAGAUGUUGAAGACUGUCGCACAGAAUUUAAAACCCAUCCGCCGAUUAGAGCCCGCUCCAAUCAGGCUGCCCUGUGGGAUGGUAUAAAGUCGGGUGUGAUAGAUAUCAUUGCCUCAGAUCAUUCUCCUGCCACUCCGGGACCAAAAUGCCUCACCUAUGGUAGGACACGUGGUAAUUUUCUAAAUGCUUGGCCUGGGAUCUCGUCACUGCAAUUGGGUCUUUCGGUAAUGUGGACCCAUUGUGAAAAACAUGGCCUCGGGAUGCAACAUCUCUACAAGACAAUGUGUGAAAAUCCCGCUAUUCUGUGUGGCCUGGAAAAUUCUAAGGGUAAAAUUAUUGAGGGUUAUGAUGCUGACUUUUGUAUUUGGGAUCCGGAUGCAGAAUUUCAUGUCGAUGCGGAUAUGCUGUUUUCGACCAAUAAGGCCACACCUUAUAUGAAUCAACGUCUACGCGGUAUGGUCCAUGCUACAGUUGUACGCGGCCUGCAUGUUUAUCAGCAACAUGAGGGAUUUGGUCAACCUCUGGGAAGAAUUGUUCUCCGAAAAAAUGUCAAGAAAGUUGUGAAAUUUCAAUAA